AUGAACACGCCAGUCCCAGGUUCGGAUAUUAAGCCGUGGAGCCGCGGGGAACCCCAAGGAUACUUGUUCAAAAAUGCCAAUGUGGUUGAUGUGAAGCAUGGAAAGAUAAUCGAAAACUCCGUAGUCAUUACGCGGGAAGGAAAAAUUGAAUCAAUCUCAUCUUCGCUUCCAGGGCCCCUUCCAAAGGACCUAUUUAUUAUCAACCUCGAAGGUCGCUUUAUUUGCCCUGGUCUUUUCGACGCUCAUGUUCAUCUAUGCGCCGUGCCUGGAUUCAACGAUUUGUCCAAAGCUUUCGGAAACCCAAAUGAUGUUCAUUUGCUGCGACAGCCAUAUACAGCGGCUCAGAUGCUUCACCGAGGCUUCACGAGUAUCCGCGAUUGUGGCGGAGCGCAGCUAGCGCUCAAAGAAGCUAUUGAGGAGGGAGUCUUCCCCGGCCCUCGGAUUUUCAUCUCUGGUCAUGCUCUUUCGCAGUUUGGUGGUCAUGGAGACUUGAGAUCGGCCCAUGAACAAACCGGUUGCUGUGGUGGUACCCACAGUAACAAUCAUCUCGGCCGGAUGUGCAAUGGAGUACCCGAGUGUAUGGCUGCUGUGCGAGAGGAGAUCCGCUGCGGAGCUGAUUUCAUCAAGAUUAUGGGCUCUGGUGGUGUCGCCAGCCCAACAGAUCGCCUGGAACAUCUUCAGUUCACGGAUUCCGAGAUCCAGGCCAUGGUUGAAUGCGCUAAUAAUGCCGGAACAUUCGUGACUGCGCAUGCGUACACUGUCAAGGCUAUUCGGCAUUGCAUCGAUAAUGGGGUCAAGGGAAUUGAACACGGAAAUUUUGUUGAUGCACCGACUGCUAAGAUCAUGGCGCACAAGGGAGUCUAUCUGACCCCAACACUGAUCGCAUAUGCCCAAAUGGCAUCCGAGCGCUGGAAGGGAUACCUGCCUCCUGAGUCGCAGGCCAAGAAUUCACAGGUUCUCAAGUCUGGUCUUGAGGCUUUGAGGGUUGCCUCCGAGGCAGGAGUCACUAUGUGCUAUGGUUCUGACCUGCUCGGUCCUCUUGGUUCAGCCCAAACGCAUGAAUUUGCUCUGCGCUCGCAGGUCUUGAAGCCACUAGAGAUCUUGCGGAGUGCUACCAUUAACCCUGCCAGGAUGAUGGGCUGGGCAGAUGCCAUUGGACAGAUUAAGGAGGGGUUCCAUGCAGACAUCAUCGUUUUGAACGAGAACCCUUUGAAAGAUGUUACAAUCUUCGAUCGACCCGAGGACCAUGUACUAGCUGUGAUGAAAGACGGACGUAUCUACAAGAGUCGCUGGGCGGCACUUGCUGAAGACUCUGAGAUUCCCGUCAGGGUUCAAUAUAACUAG